AGUACUCCAACGGUCACACUGUUUGCACCUGAACGUCAGGUUUGGCAGGGGAAAACAUCUGACAAUAAAAUCCAAAUUGUCCCGAUGACAAGCGUCGAGGAGAACCCGUUCGCCGCUCUGCUCCAGGAGGGCACCAAUUCGGAUGGCGUGUCCCACAAACUGGUCGAGGAUGUGCUUCUUUUCACGCUGAACAAGGCGUCCUCCUUUGCAGGUCUGUGCCUGGCGGACGUGGUGGUGGACACCAGCGAGGGUAUGCUGGGCGAGGACCUGGUUGCCCACGCCCUCUUCGAGCGCCUCAUGCUGGCCGAGACCGGCCAGUAUGCAGUGGGGAAUGCCAGUCCGGAGGCGCUGGAACCGCGGGCCAUGUGCUACCUGCACGGAGCCUUUGCCCGCUGUGAACGCUUCCAGGCCGAGCGGAAAACCGACUGCUCCAAGCUCCUUGCCCUGAUCCUGAACAAUGCCAGCACCUGCAUGCGCCAGCCGGACCUAUUAGCCCCCCAAUCCUUUGCCACCCAGUGGCUGGGGAUGUUCGAGCAGGCCGACGAACACGACACCAGCACCCAGGAGUUCCUGGUCCGCGUCGCCUCCAAGGUGGUGGAGGAGGACGAACCGAUCGAGGCUUUGGGCGCCCUCAAGGCCAUCUUUUACCCAAUGCUCACCGAACUGCAGAAAAUCGUUGCCAAGGAGAACCUGAUUACGAUCAAGAAGAACAUCUUCUGGAUCCUCGGCUUCUUCGUGCGCGACAAGCGGGCAGCCGUCCUGGGGGAGCUGUUUAUCGACUACACCACUCCCAAUCCCAAGGCUAAAGGUGGCGAAUACAUGGACACUUUGCUGGGCAGUCUUCUGUGCAUCUCAAUUCUGCCCAAGACCCAGACGGCCAAGUAUGAAUUUUUCCAUGAGCUAUCAAUGGACCAAACGGACUAUGCUCUAUGGGGACUUUUGUCCCAUCACCAGGAGUCAAUUUUUCUGCUCGUCAAACAGCUGCUCGUCCUGUCGCCCGAAACCAAAAAGAAGACACUCCAAUGGAUAGCCAAUUGCCUGGAUGCAAAUGUAUCGCGUGGUCAUCUGUGGAGCAGCAUCAAUCUAAACCUGGAGCAAACGGUCCACAGCACGGCCAGCGAUGCCUUUAUGACCAGUUUGAGUGCAGUUCUUACCCGUCUCUGUGCUCCUCUGUGCUUGCCUUCACUAAAGGUUCUAUUGGUGGACCCCACCUAUUGUGCUGUGCCGGACAAGGAUCGGCAUGCGAAGGGUGUCAGUCUGCUGAAGGCCCACGACGAGACCUGCCUGCUGCCCAGCGAAGAGGGCGAAGAGCGUCUGACGGCCGAAAAGUACAAUUUCGUGACCGAGGUCUUCUACAUGACCCACAAAUGCUUCGAACUGGCCAAUCGUCCCUGCAUUGAACGCCUGACUCGCGUGAUGCGCGAACUGCAGAACACUCAGACAGCCUACGUGGAGGUUCUGAACAGUGAUCCCAACAAUGAGCUAACCAAAAACCUGUUUCGCAUGCUGCUGGAGCAGAUGCAGCAGGGGCUGUGCAUCAGGAACACGCUCUCAGAGCCCACCAAUGAUACGGCCAUGCUGAAGUUCUUCGAAGCCUCGGCGAUCUGGCUGACGGAAGUGGCCAUGCUGCCCCGUGAAAUUUAUGAGCAGUGUCUGGACAAGCGCGACUUCUCGCCACAAGUGUUCCGCAACCUGGAGCUGCUCUCAGACACACCGCCUUUUGUGGCUCCAUAUAUGCAGUCCGUGCCAGAGAGCAUUAUCGACAACAUAUCGGCGUAUUUGAACUUCUGCCGACGGCUGACUGGGGAUCAAUACAUUCACAUUUACUUUUCCGCACAUGACGCUUUCUUCAAGAUGAUAUUGCUAUUCAUGGGCAGCUCGGGGCUGGUGAAGAAUCCCCACCUGCGGGCCAAACUGGCCGAGGCCUUGGAGUUUCUCCUGCCCACACAGAUUCUGGGCAGCAACAGGGAGACUUUUGUCACCCAUGUGUUUGACAACCAUACGGAUCGGUUGAAGGUGGUCCGCAGUCUGCUGAACGUUUUUGUUAGCAUAGAGAUGACCGGCCAGUCAGUGCAGUUCGAGCAGAAGUUCAACUAUCGCCGGCCCAUGUACGCCAUAAUGGAGUUUCUGUGGACAAAGCCGGAGCACGUGCAGUGCUUCCGGGAGCUGGCCAUCGAAGCGGAGCAGAACAUGGAGGCCAUCGAGCCCCCCAUUUUCUUGCGCUUCAUUAAUUUGCUUAUAAAUGAUGCCAUCUUCCUGUUGGACGAAUCGCUGUCUAACCUGGAGCAGAUCAAGCAGUUGCAGCAAGCCCAGGACAAUGGUGAGUGGAGUGGACUGUCUCACAACGAGCGCCAACAGCAGGUGAGCAACCUGCAACACCUGGGCAUGCUGGCCCGAUUUGACAACAUUCUCGGACGGGACACCAUCAACAUCCUAAAGUUGCUGACCACGGAGAUCAGAAGCAUUUUCUGCCACAACAGUAUGGUGGAUCGCAUCGCAGCCAUGCUGAACUACUUCCUGCUGCAUUUAGUGGGGCCCAGGAAGGAGCGCUUCAAAGUCAAGGACAAGAAGGAGUUCGAGUUCGAUCCGGCCCAGACGGUGCUGGAGAUUUCUCACAUAUACAUCAAUUUGAGCACUGAUGACAGCUUCUGCCUGGCAGUGUCGCAGGAUGGACGCUCCUACAGUGAACAGCUGUUCGGCUACGCCGACAACAUCCUAAUUCGGAUUGGAGGAGGCCAACUGAUCGGAGACAUGUCCGAGUUUGCUGUAAAGGUGGCGCGAAUGGGAGCCCAGUAUAAGGAGGAGCAGGAGCUGCUGGCCGAUGCUCCGGAAGAGUACCUGGAUCCGAUUAUCUCUACGCUGAUGACAGAUCCUGUCGUGCUGCCCAGCUCCAAAGUAACCGUUGAUCGGUCCACCAUUGCCCGUCACCUGCUUAGCGACCAGACCGAUCCCUUCAAUCGUGAACCCCUUACCAUGGAUAAGGUCAAGUCCAACGAGGCUCUCAAGCUGGAGAUUGAGCAGUGGAUUGAGGGCAGGCGAGAAGCGGCCCGUUCCAAGAGUUGAGGCAGCAUCGAAGACGCCGUUGCAUGUGCAGCUGCCCAACCAAAGAGUUAACUCCACGCGAUGACAGAUUAGGCCAUAGUCAAUGUAUUUUUUUUUUCAUAAGAAUUCCAGUCAUACAUAGUAUUAUUGCUUGUAUGUUCAAUCCUUGUACAGUUGUGGUUUUUGAAUUUUAAUCUAACUCUGUUUUCCUUAUCGGUCGAAUAAAGGUUUCUAUAUUCUCAAA